AUGGGACAAGGAGGACAGAAAGGCGGCUGGCAGGGCUCUGGGGAGCCCGCUGUGCCCCAGGAGAAGGCCCCCUCCAGGGCCAGCAGGGAGAGACCUAACAACCCGUUCCACCUGCAGCUGGCCUGGGCGAGCCCCCUGGAGACGCUGCUAGACGUGCUGGUGUCGGUGCUGCGGGCGCACGCCUGGGAGGACGUCGGCCUGGCGCUCUGCCGCGUGCGGGACCCCCAUGGUCUGGUGGCCCUCUGGACGAGCCGGGCUGGCCGAGCCCCGGAGCUGGUGCUGGACCUGGGCCGGCCGGACAUGGGCGAGGCGGGGCUGCGGGCACGCCUGGCCCCGCUGGGGGCGGUGGCGGGGGGCACGGCCCAGGUGCCCGCGGCCGUCCUCCUCGGCUGCGACGCCGCCCGCGCCCGCCGCGUGCUGCAGGCCGCGCCCCCGGGGCCCCACUGGCUGCUGGGCACGCCGCUGCCCGCUGAGGCCCUGCCCACCGAGGGCCUGCCGCCCGGGCUGCUGGCACUGGGCGAGGUGGCCCGGCCCCCGCUGGAGGCCGCUGUCCACGACGCCGUGGAGCUGGUGGCCCGGGCGCUGGGCAGCGCGGCCCGUGUGCAGCCAGAGCGAGCCCUCCUCCCCGCCGGGGUCGACUGCAACGACCCUCAGCCCGCCGGGCCCGAGUCCUCGGGCCGCCUCUUGGCGCAGUUCCUGGCUAACACGAGUUUCCAGGGCCGCACGGGGCCCGUGUGGGUGACCAGCUCCUCCCGGGUCCACAUGUCCCGGGCCUUCCGCGUGUGGAGCCUGCGCCAGGACCCUCGGGGCGCGCCGGCCUGGGCUACGGUGGGCACCUGGCGGGACGGGCGGCUGGAGCGGGAGCCGGGGGGCGUGGCCGCGCGGCCCCCACCCCCGCCGGGCGCCGGGGCGCGGCCGAGGCUGCGCGUGGUGACCCUGGUGGAGCACCCGUUCGUGUUCGCCCGCGAGCCGGACGAGGACGGCCAGUGCCCGGCGGGCCAGCUGUGCCUGGCGCCCGGCACCAACGACUCGGCCGCCCUGGACGCGCUGUUCGCGGCGCUGGCCGACGGCUCGGCGCCCCGGGCCGUGCGCCGCUGCUGUUACGGUUACUGCAUGGACCUGCUGGCGCGGCUGGCGGAGGACGCGCCCUUCGACGUCGAGCUCUACAUCGUGGGCGACGGCAAGUACGGCGCCCUGCGCGGCGGCCGCUGGACCGGCCUGGUGGGCGACCUGCUGGCCGGCCGGGCGCACAUGGCGGUGACCAGCUUCAGCAUCAACUCGGCCCGCUCGCGGGUGCUGGACUUCAGCAGCCCCUUCCUCGCCACCAGCCUGGGCAUCCUGGUGCGCGCGCGGGACGCCGCCUCGCCCCUCGGCGCCUUCACCUGGCCGCUGCACUGGGCCAUGUGGCUGGGCGUCUUCGCCGCCCUGCACCUGACCGCGCUCUUCCUCACGCUCUACGAGUGGCGCAGCCCCUAUGGCCUCACGCCCCGCGGCCGCAACCGCGCCACCGUCUUCUCCUACUCGUCCGCCCUCAACCUCUGCUACGCCAUCCUCUUCGGCCGCACCGUCUCCAGCAAGACGCCCAAGUGCCCCACCGGCCGCCUGCUCAUGAACCUCUGGGCCAUCUUCUGCCUGCUCGUGCUGUCCAGCUACACGGCCAAGCUGGCCGCCGUCAUGGUGGGCGACAAGACCUUCGAGGAGCUGUCGGGGAUCCACGACCCCAAGCUGCACCGCCCGCCCCCCGGCUUCCGCGUGGGCACCGUGCGCGAGAGCAGCGCCGAGGCCUACAUCACGGCGAGCUUCCCCGAGAUGCACGCGCACAUGCGGGGCCACAGCGCGCCCACCACGCCCCGCGGCGUCGCCAUGCUCACGAGCGACCCCCCCCAGCUCAACGCCUUCAUCAUGGACAAGGCGCUCCUGGACUAUGAGGUCUCCAUCGACGCCGACUGCAGGCUGCUGACCGUGGGCAAGCCCUUCGCCAUCGAGGGCUACGGCAUCGGCCUCCCCCAGAACUCGCCGCUGACCUCCAAGCUGUCCGAGUCCAUCAGCCGCUACAAGUCCUCGGGCUUCAUGGACCUGCUCCACGACAAGUGGUACAAGAUGGUGCCUUGUGGGAAGCGCGUGUUCGCCGUUACAGAGACCCUCCAGAUGGGCAUCUACCACUUCUCGGGGCUCUUCGUGCUGCUCUGCCUGGGCCUGGGCAGCGCCCUGCUCUGCUCUCUGGGCGAGCACGUCUUCUACCGCCUGGCGCUGCCGCGCAUCCGCAGGGGCCACCGGCUGCAGUACUGGCUGCACACGAGCCAGAGAAUCCACCGCGCCCUCCACGCGGAGCAGCCCGACGGGCAGGAGGAGCCGCAGCCCAGGGCUCCUGAGGAGCAGCGGGAGGACACUCCGGCCGCGCCCGCGGGCCCGGGGCGCUGGACACGGGAGCGCCACGUGCGCUUCCUGCUGGAGCCGGCGGGGGCCGCUGUCGCACCGGACGCGGACACAGACGCGGACGCGGCGGGGUCGCCCGAGGGCCCCGUCUGGCUCUGCUCC